ACGACUAGUAGGUAAAACAUUAUCAAAGGAAGAUACGCCUGACCAAACAUUGAGGCUGGCUCACAAAGGCCCUGGGCUUUUGUCAAUAGAAAGAGGGGAAGAAAUCAGUGUGGAGGAGUGAGCGAGCCCUCCAUAGCAGCAGCACCAACUCUGGAAAGCGCUUUGCAGUUAUGGACUCGUCUGACAAUCAGAGGAGAAAAGUAGCUGUCAUUGGUGGUGGCUUGGUUGGAGCAUUAAAUGCAUGCUUCCUUGCAAAGAGGAAUGUCCAAGUUGAUUUAUAUGAAGCUAGGGAAGAUAUCCGAAUGGCUAAAACCGCACGCGGAAGAAGCAUUAACUUGGCCCUUUCUUAUAGAGGACGACAAGCUUUAAAAGCCAUUGAUCUGGAAGAUCAGAUUGUAUCCCAAGGUAUUCCCAUGAGAGCAAGAAUGAUUCACUCUCUUUCAGGAAAAAAAUCUGCACUUCCCUAUGGAACAAAGGAUCAGUAUAUUCUUUCUAUAAGCAGAGAAAACUUGAACAAGGAUUUAUUAAAUGCUGUUGAGAAACACCCCAAUGUGCAGGUGCACUUUGGCCACAGGCUGUUGAAAUGUAAUCCUGAAGAAGGAACAAUCACGGUGCUCGGAGCUGACAAAGUUCCCAAAGAUGUCACAUAUGACCUCAUUGUAGGAAGUGAUGGAGCCUAUUCAACUGUCAGAAAUCACCUCAUGAAGAAACCUCGCUUUGAUUACAGUCAACAUUACAUUCCUCAUGGGUACUUGGAGUUGACUAUUCCACCUAAGAAUGGGGAUUUUGCCAUGGAACCUAAUUAUCUGCACAUUUGGCCUAGAAAUACCUUCAUGAUGAUUGGACUUCCUAACCUGGACAAAUCCUUCACGUGCACUUUGUUCAUGCCCUUUGAUGAAUUUGAAAAACUUCUCACCAGCAAGGAUGUGCUGGAUUUCUUCCAGAAGUACUUUCCAGAUUUCAUCUCCCUCACUGAAAAGCAAGCCCUGGUGCAAGACUUCUUUCUAUUGCCACCCCAGGCGAUGAUAUCUGUCAAGUGCUCUUCUUUCCACUUUAAAUCACACUGUGUGUUGAUGGGAGAUGCAGCUCAUGCCAUUGUCCCAUUUUUUGGGCAAGGAAUGAAUGCGGGCUUUGAAGACUGCUUGGUAUUUGAUGAGUUAAUGGAUAAAUUCAAUAAUAAUCUCAGUAUGUGUCUUCCUGAAUUUUCAAGAGUAAGAAUUCCAGAUGCCCAUGCAAUUUCAGACCUGUCUAUAUACAAUUACAUGGAGAUGCGAGCACACGUCAACUUCAAGUGGUUCAUUUUUCAAAAGACCAUAGAAAGAUUUCUUCAUGCUAUUAUGCCAUCUACAUUUACCCCUCUCUAUACCAUGGUCACCUUUUCCAGAAUAGGAUACCAUGAGGCAGUGCUGCGCUGGCAUUGGCAAAAAAAGGUAAUAAAAAAAGGACUCUUUGUCUUUGGAUCUCUGGUAGCCAUCGGAACUACCUACCUGCUUGUGCACUACAUGUCACCAAGACCUCUGGACUACUUAAGACCAUGGAAAUGGAGUCGCUUACUUCCAGGAUAUGGGGCACAUUUCCCUGCAAACUCCAUGGAGCCACUUGAACAAACUCCCUAUUUCAUUAGCCAGUGAUAUAAAGGUCCUAACAUAGCAAAUGUCUGAUUUGUCUAUGACCAAAAGUAGAGAUCAAACAAGUGUUUCCAUCGCCAGAUUUAAUUCACUAUUGGAAGAUAGUUGCCAGCAUAUAAAUAAAUUGAAUGUAGAAUUUC